AUGGUUAGCUGUUAAUAAAAUGAGAUUAAGAUAUGGAAAUUUCAUGAUGGAAAGCAAAUUAAUUGCAUAUAAUAGAUUUAAAUAGAUUAUGCAACUUAUUUAAUUUUUAGUCUAAGAACUAUUUUUUUUAUAGCAGGUAGUUUUGAUUCAUCAAUUAAACUUUAUUAUGAUAAUAAUUAUAAAUGGUAUAAGUAAGCUAGUAAUAUAUCUCAUGGAGGACUAGUAACUUGUGUAAUUUUUAAUAAAUAAGAAGAUUAAUUGAUAUCAUGCAGUUAGGAUUUCUUAAUUGUUAUUUGGAAAAUAUUCUUACCUUGA